GCGGUGAUUGGCUGCGGCCGUGCGCGCCGCGGUGAGCGCUGCGGCGUGCGCCGCCCUGUGCGCGUUGCGUCAGGCCGUGCGCCGAGCCGGCGAGCUGCGGGCAGCGUGGCUGUGCCCCGCCGUGCGCAGGGCGCUCUGCCCGCCGCGCUCCCUCCUGCCCCGCAGCUGCAGCAUGGCGGAGCCGGGCUCGGGCGACAACAAGGAGCCGGAGCCGGCUCCGGCGGACAAGGAGGAAGGGGCGCCGGCCCCUAAGAAGCGGCGGCUGGCGGGCGGAGAGCGGUACGUGCCGCCGCCGCGGAAGCUGAGCACGGGGGUGAGUUUCGGCGCGGAACACUUCGCUGAGACCUCCUACUACUUCGAGGGGGGAUUGCGGAAGGUCCGACCCUACUACUUCGACUUCCGCACGUACUGCAAGGGCCGCUGGGUGGGCCGCAGCCUCCUGCACGUCUUCAGCACCGAAUUCCGCGCACAGCCCAUCGAUUACUACCGCGCUGCCGCCCGCGCCGGCCGCCUCCGCCUCAACGAGGAGCCCGUGCAAGACCUGGAUGUCGUGCUCAAGAACAACGACUUCCUGAGGAACACCGUGCACCGCCACGAGCCACCAGUCACUGCCCAGCCUAUCCAGAUCUUGGCGGAGGACACCGAGGUGGUGGUAGUGGACAAACCCUCCUCGCUGCCUGUACAUCCCUGCGGCAGGUUUCGGCACAACUCAGUCAUCUUCAUCCUAGGCAAAGAGCACGACCUGAAGGAGCUGCACACCAUCCACCGCCUGGAUCGCAUGACCUCAGGGGUGCUCAUGUUUGCCAAGACUGUGGAGGUGUCCAAGAGGAUUGAUGAGCAGAUUCGGGAGAGACAGCUGGAGAAGGAGUACGUCUGUCGCGUGGUGGGGGAGUUUCCAGAACACGAGGUGGUCUGUGAGGAGCCCAUCCUGGUUGUUUCCUACAAAGUGGGAGUGUGUCGUGUGGACCCCAAAGGGAAGUUCUGCAAAACCAUCUUCCAGAGACUCAGCUACAACGGCAAGACCAGCGUGGUCAAGUGUCUCCCGCGUACUGGCCGCACGCACCAGAUCCGGGUCCACCUGCAGUACUUGGGACACCCCAUUGUCAAUGACCCCAUCUACAACAUGGAUGCCUGGGGCCCUGAGAGGGGCAAAGGUGGCAAGGUCGAUAAAACAGAUGAAGAGCUCCUCAAGGCACUGGUAGAGGAGCAUCGUUCCAAACAAAGCCUGGAUAUCCUGGGUGUCUCGGAAGAGGACUUGAGCUCCAGUGCUGAAAAUAAGGAUUGUGGUGAUCCAAGUGACUGCACAAAACCUGUGCAGGCUGAUCCUGUCAGCGUGACUUCCUGCCCUGCCAAGGAUCCUGAAAGGGAUGCUAAGGAUCCUGAGAGGAAUGACACAGCUGCUUGUCCACUUGACUCUAAUGCCAACCUGGAAAUGUUUGACAAAAGUAAAGAACUUGGUUCCUCUGAGACUGAGAAUGGGCAAACGGGAGAAAAGAGUUCAGAGGAGAAGGACCCUUUGUGCCUGGAGUGCAGGAUUACGAGGAGAGAUCCCUCUCCCAAGGAGCUGGUGAUGUACCUCCAUGCCCUGCGCUACAAGGGAGCGGAGUUUGAGUACUGCUCCAAGAUGCCCCAGUGGGCAAUGGAGGACUGGGAGGAAUGACCAAGGACAUCUGACACCUUUGGGCUCUGUUGGCCAGGAAGGUGUCUUGUGAAGACUUUUUUUCCAUGUGGUUGAGGUUAACAGACUGCCUGUGCCUUGAGAUGAGGUGGGAAAGAUUGUUUGGGCCGGAGAAGGCUGACCUGCAGCCCCAUCUUCUCGUCUCUUACACUAGAAGUGUGCUGCCCUUCAGAGAAGCAGCACUAGAGGGCAGCAAACACUGCUCAGCACGGACAGCUUUGCCUUUCACCUCAGCCCGCUCUGCGUCUGAUGCCGUUAUCCACGCAGAUAACUAUCAGACAAUUCUUGUGUCUUACUCUAAGAGCUGCUGGAAUGUCCUUCAAGAUGUUAGAUGUCACCUGAUACAAACUGGCUUUACUGUGUUUUAUUGGCAGGCUGAAUCUAAAACUCAUACGUGAUCGUUGUAUAAGGGCAGCCCUGAGCACUGUGAAGCUAGUUAAUAUUGUGCUUCCUUUUUAUCCACGAGGUAGACUUGGGUUUGGCAUCACUCUUUUAGGAUUCGUUCAAAUACCUAUUUAAAAUUAGUAACCAUAGGGGCUGAUCUCUCUAUCUGGCCUAUUUUGAGAGGUGCUAGUCCUCAGAUUUUGUCUUUAUGAGAUUUGUAAGACAACUGAGUAGAUUUUUUUUUUCACCUUCCUGUUCUCUCACUUCCCCUGUGACCCAUCUCCUACCUUCUCACAAACAUCUGGUUUCUCUGUUGAGAACCUGUCUGUCUGUCCCUGAUGCUUCAUGGAAAACAUCUCCAUACCUGAGCAGAAAUCCAGAGCAGAGGUCAUUCAGCUCAGUUCUGUUUUAAGUUGCACAGUGGGCUGGUUGUUUCUGAUGGGCAUGGAAGUGGUGUUAAUGUCAAGUGCAGCAUGGCAAUCAGCUUUAAAGAAAUACAAGAGCUGAUUUGUGAGCCAAGGGACAUUUCUCUAAGCAUGUGUGUCCAGCAUGAUAAACAUCACCACAAUUCUUAUUUUCA